AUGUCCAAUUUCCAGUGUCUUUCAUGCAGUAAAGCUGGUUUCAGAGAUCAGGUUGCUGUUGCUCGUCACAUGAGCCAGCCUCACUCAGGAUGUAGCACCUGGCUACAGGAUUUAAUAUGUCUGCGAGACCUAUCUGAUGAUUCUAUGAAUACAGAUGAGUUGGAUGAACCAAAUAUUCCCAGUGGUGGGCCUCAGGCUGAGGUUGAGUUCACAUUUGGAGAUAGAGACAAGUCAUUUGGGGGUAGCGGUGAGAGUGGUGGCCAGGCCUCUGGGGAGGGAUUACUUCCGAAUGGUGCCUCAGAUUUUGUCGACCAGGAUCCCAAAUCUUCUUGGAUGUAUGGCAAGGGGUACACCUUCCUCAACUUAUUCAAUUCUGAUGAGAAUAGCAUUGGCCAGAAGGACUGGGAGAUCACAUCAUGGUUACUGUGCUUAGGAUUGAGCAUGGGGAAGAUAGACGGUUUUUUGUCACUCGAGAUAUCUUUUGUCAAGAUCCAGGGUCUUCCAAUAUCUUUUUCCUCAGCCAAGGAACUGGUCUAUACUACUGCACAAUACUUGUGCUGUGUAUAUCCAGAAUGGAUGACAGGCGAUGACACAUGGAAUAUGCAGUCUGCUCUACCCAAAGAUGCAACACUCCUUGGAACCAUUCUAUCAUCUAACAAAAUGAAUAUAUCCACAAUGACGGGUGAUAGAGUUGCGCACCCACUUCUCAUCAGCCUUGCGAAUAUCAACAUGUCCACAUGA